GGGAAUUGUCCGCCAGAGCGCACUCAUCCUGUUGGGUGAAAAACGCAAGCGUGUGUGUUCGUGUUAAGGUCUCUGCUGACGUGUUUAAAUCUCCGUAGCCGUGCGUAGCGCUGCCAUUCUCGCUCAUAACGCUGCAUAUCGAGACAGAGUACGCGGUGUUGUGCGGUGCGGUGCGGUGCGGUGUGUUGUGGUGUGCGGUGCGGUGCGGCGCGGAGCGCGCGCUAGCGUUAUAGCGUGCAUUCGACGCGCUCACGGCCGCGCUGUAAAAGUGAAGCGGCGGAUGCUCAGUGGGAUAUAUAUUCGGAAUUCGGCUCAUUUUCGCAAAUGCAAAAGGAAACAUGGAGCCAAGCCUGGCCUUACUGCUCACCAGCUUGCUCGGCUGGUGCUCGUGCUCGAGUUUCCCAAGUAACAUUAAUAUAGGCGGUUUGUUCCCGACCGACUCGCAUGAAUAUGAGGUGUUCCGAUUCGCGCUAUCUCAGCAGCACGAGCUCCCCAAACUGGUGCCACAAGUGGACAUGGUGGACGUGGGCAGCAGUUUCGCCAUGACAUACGCAUUUUGUUCCCAGUUCUCUAAAGGAGUCUACGCCAUCAUCGGUCUGUAUGACAAGAAGACCAUGAACAUGUUGAUGUCGUUCUGCGGGGCUCUACAUGUCUGCUUCGUCACGCCCAGCUUCCCGAUCGACACCAACAAUCAGUUUGUAAUCCAGCUCAGACCCCAGCUCCAGGAUGCUCUGGUUGGCCUGGUGGAACACUACAAGUGGACCAAAUUCGUCUACAUGUAUAGUUCAGAUUCAGGACUGACCGUGUUACAGAAGAUCCUGGACACUGCUGCAGAAAAGAGCUGGCAGGUGACAUCCAUCAACUUUGAUACUCUUACAGAGGCAGCAUUCCUUAACUCCAUCCAGGAUCUGGACACCAAAAAAGAGCACAAGAUCAUUCUGGACUGCGAGCUGGAGAGACUUAACUCCAUUCUUAACCUGAUUGCAGCGCAAAGAAAGAAUCUGAAGAACUAUCACUUUAUCCUGGCAAACCUGGGCUUUCUGGACCUGAAUUUGACCGAGUUCCGGAAAGGUGGUGCCAACAUCACAGGCUUGCAACUAAUGAACUACACAGACCCCAUGGUUAGCAGGACCAUCGACGACUGGCUGGAGUUUGACAGCAAAGACUUGAAGAGCCCUAAGAGGAGACUCAAGUACACAGGAGCGCUGACCUAUGAUGGUGUGAGCGUCAUGGCCACUGCUUUCCAAAACCUCAGGAAGCAGCGUAUCGACAUCUCCCGGCGGGGGAACGCAGGCGAAUGUCUGGCCAACCCCCCAGCACCAUGGGGCCAAGGCAUCGACAUCCAGAGAGCGCUCCAACAGGUGCAGUUUGAAGGUCUGACAGGCCACGUCCAGUUCAACGAGAAAGGACAUCGAACAAACUUUACAGUCAGUGUAAUGGAGCUGGUCCAGAGUGGCCCCAAGAAGGUGGGCUACUGGAACGAAAACGAGAAGUACGUGAGCACGGCGACGUACGCCCACACCCUCAACGAGACGUUCGGCAUGCACAAUAGGACGUACAUAGUCACCACCAUUCUCGAAUCGCCCUACGUGAUGCUGAAGAAAAACCACGAGCAGCUGUCUGGGAACGAUAGGUACGAGGGAUACUGCGUGGAGCUGGCCGCAGAAAUCGCCAAGCACGUGGGUUACUCCUACAAGCUGGAACUCGUACCGGACGGCAAGUACGGAGCCCGAGACCCUGACACCAAAAUGUGGAACGGGAUGGUUGGAGAGCUGGUGUAUGGGAAAGCUGACAUAGCCGUGGCUCCUCUCACUAUCACCCUGGUCCGAGAGGAGGUCAUCGACUUCUCCAAGCCCUUCAUGAGCUUGGGCAUUUCUAUCAUGAUCAAGAAACCCACCAAAUCCAAGCCGGGUGUUUUCUCCUUCCUGGACCCGCUGGCGUAUGAGAUCUGGAUGUGUAUAGUGUUUGCGUACAUCGGCGUCAGCGUGGUCCUGUUCUUGGUGAGCCGCUUCAGCCCGUAUGAGUGGCACAGCGACGACUCGGAGGAGGGCGGCGAGCAACAGAGCCAGAACCGGACGCCGUCUCCGGAAGCCGGACAGUCGCAGUCGCAGGGGCAACACGGACAGACCCCCAGCCAGCAAGACAAGCAGGAGAAGGCACCCGAGCACACCAACGAGUUCGGCAUCUUCAACAGUCUGUGGUUCUCUCUGGGGGCCUUCAUGCAGCAAGGCUGCGAUAUUUCACCAAGAUCCCUCUCUGGUCGUAUAGUCGGAGGCGUCUGGUGGUUCUUCACCCUCAUCAUCAUCUCCUCCUACACGGCCAACCUGGCUGCCUUCUUGACUGUGGAGAGGAUGGUAUCACCCAUCGAGAGCGCAGAAGACCUGGCCAAGCAGACAGAGAUUGCCUACGGCACCUUGGAUGGAGGCUCAACCAAAGAGUUCUUCAUGAGAUCAAAAAUAGCCGUGUUUGAGAAGAUGUGGUCCUACAUGAAGUUUGCAGAUCCCUCAGUGUUUGUAAAGACCACCGACGACGGAGUGAAGAGAGUCCGGAAAUCCAAAUACGCUUAUCUGCUGGAGUCCACCAUGAACGAGUACAUCGAGCAGCGCAAACCCUGCGAUACCAUGAAGGUGGGAGGAAACCUGGACUCCAAGGGGUAUGGGGUCGCCACUCCUAAAGGAUCUGACUUAAGAAACCGAGUAAACCUGGCAGUGUUAAAACUGAACGAGCAGGGCCUGUUGGACAAAUUGAAAAACAAAUGGUGGUACGACAAGGGCGAGUGCGGCAGCGGGGGAGGUGAUUCCAAGGAUAAGACCAGCGCCCUGAGCCUCAGUAAUGUGGCAGGGGUUUUCUACAUCCUGAUUGGAGGACUAGGGCUAGCCAUGUUGGUGGCCUUGGUCGAGUUCUGUUACAAGUCCAGAAUCCAGUCUCGGAGAAUGAAGCAAAUCAUCGACGCAGCGAUGUUGGGCUCCAGCCUGAGCCGCAUGGGCAGCGGAGGGGAGAACGGCCGUGUGGUGGCUCACGAUUUUCCCAAAGCGGCACAGACUCUGCCCUGCAUGGGCCAAGCAGCCGGCAUGGGCAUGAACACCGGCGGCAUGUAGACAUGCCUGCUACCGAGGGACAGAGCAAAAAAAAAAAAAAUGAGGAAGAAAACACAUAAAAACACAUGUGAACUUCAGCCAAAAGAAGGAUUUACUCGUUAUCCACUCUCGCGAUGAGAGAACAGAAGGAGCAGAAAUCUUUUUCUAAUAGACGUUUUUUGCUUAUCUGGUGCAAUAAGGAGCCUGAAUGGGAGUUUUUGUACGGAGCAUCGUUUUCUUCGGGGACUUUAACGCCGAAGCUGGGAAAAUAGUGACACUUGCACUAUGACUACGACACUAUGUAUGACUUUCGUUCGGUCUUGUUUGAUUCGUCAGUGUCUUGAUGACGACGAACCUGUUAUUUUGUUUCUUGUUGACCUGCUCGUGUAUAGUUCCCCCAAUCCGAAACCCCUAAAACCCUCUUUCCAACGCUGAUGAAGUAUGAUGCAUUUGUUUGUCUCAUCACCCUCAUUAAAGUCGCCGGUCAAACCUCCACUCCCGACGAGAUCCCUCCAGAAGAAAACAGGAGCUGAUCGCUCGCACAUGUCAUAUCCUGCACUCCGUCUCCUUCUGCCCUGGCGUACAUGAUGAAUCACCUGCUCGCAGUCUCCGGGCUGUGAUUAGAUCUCGGAGAAAGAGCAAUCUAGAGAGCGUGUGAAAGCGUAGGAGAGUCAGAGCCCGAGCUACGACAAAAAAGACAAAGCAGGAAAAAAAAAAACCCAGUGUUGAAUGUUUUCAUCCCGCACCGUCUUCCACGUGUUGUUUACAUUUCUUCAUGCGUGAGUAAAGGUUUACGAGCAUUUCUGUCCCAGAGUGCGCUGUAAGCUGUCGGGACGAUCAGAGAGCGUACGACCGGAGACUUGCCGAAAGCCGACGAAGGAAGCGGGAUGAGUUGUACGCUGUUGAUGCAAUACCUUGAAAACACAUUAGGAAAUUCUGCUUUUAGCAACACCAGGAGUUAUGAUUGAUGUAAGGAAAAUGAGAAAGUAGCUUCCCUAGACUUUUUUAACUUAAAGAUUUUAUGUGCACAAAUAAAACUGGACACAAAGGCUAAUAGGAGCGUCCCAAGUCUUUUAUUAUUUAAACCUCAAACCGAAUGCAUGAAAUUUGAGAACUCCACUAUACUUCGUGUCCCGAAUCGCAGUAAUCACUAUUCUACACCGUUCUGUAGUCUAAACCGAGUAGUAAAAACCACGACAAGCAGAAAAAAAACAAAAAACCGAAGUGUGGAAUGUACACUUCAUGCACUCAGAAACUAAAGGAAGGGGGGCGGGGCUACCAGGCGUUGACACUGAAUGAGAAAACAUUUCAAGAUGUCCGAUGCCACUCCUAUGGACGAUACAGUGUAUUUGAAAUUAGCCCACGUUGUGUGAUUUAUUUUUCAACAUUUAAAAAUGUUUUAAAAACAAAAGCGAUCCAUUUUGAGACCCUUAUAAAAUCCAUUAUCUAGACACUGAGGUGCAUAAAGUGCAGUAAUAUCUCAUUUGGGACGCAGCUCCAGGGUUGAUCCUGAUGGAACUUUAACUAUAACUAUAAUUUAAAAAUAAAAAACACUAACUGAUUCGGUCUGGGGCAGUGUACCGUCUGGACUAACACGAGAAUGACAUUGUAAAGCACAAGAGAACGUUUUGCACAGCAGCAACGUCACGUCACCUUUUCAGCUUUUCAGCUUACGUAUCGGGGCUCCAGCAUCAGCGACCCUCCUGUAUGUUUCCUCAGUAAACUCUACGGCACGCUGUAGCCACGACUCGGUGGAGGCGACGUGCUUACAAUACCUGUAGAAUAGAUCGUUUGGGUUUUUUUUUUUUAUACCGGCAUUGAUUUUUACAAAAGGAGAAAACAAAAAAAAAAGAAAGAAAUACGCAUAUAAAUAUUUCCACUAACAAGAAAAAAGAAUAUGAUGUCGUACAUUCGUGGUGGUUUGAUAGAUUGUUUUCAUUUAUUUUUCGCUCCUGUAUUUAUGGUGCAAAUUUUAUCCCCUCUGUAUAUUGUUUCCUUCAUGUUUUUUUUUUUGGUUUUCUUUUUUGAUGCUGUAGAUUUCUUUUGAAAUCCUUUCAGGGCUGUCUUGUAACUUUUUACACACGUCAGUGUUACAGAGUACCUUUCAGAAACCUGCGCAGGUGAGUCUGAAUUCUGAAGCUGUUCAAGAGAAAAUAUGUUGACAUGUGUUGCUCAGAAAUAAACUUUUCUAAGCG